AUGACUGAUCAAGGUCUAAUGGGCGAUGAACUGAACGUCGACGAGGAAAUUAACGAAUUCGAUGAUAAUGAAGAAGCUCCAAUAGAUAAUGAUGCCUUAUUUCCCGGUGAUGAUGCCGAAACCGAGCAAGAACCAAAACUAGAAAACGGUGCUGGCAAUCUUUUUGAAAUUCCCGAAUUCACUCGGAAAGACAAAACGCUGAACGAAAUACUUGACAUGAUGGAGGACAAUCCGCCAAUUAUCCCAGAUGCGGUUAUCGACUACUAUCUGAUGAAAAACGGAUUUGACUGUGCAGAUGUGAGGGUGAAAAGACUGUUGGCACUGGCUACGCAAAAAUUCGUCAGUGACAUCGCCACAGACGCUUACGAAUACUCCCGAAUUAGGUCUGCAAUCACAGUUCACAACUCCAACAACGGCCAGGCUAGAGCCAGACAGCUAAUUUUGGGCCAGCAACAACCGGGACAGCUCACUCAGCAGCAACAACAACAAAACGAGAAAACGAAAGCUAAUAAGGUGGUUUUGACCGUAAACGAUCUCAGCAGUGCUGUCUCAGAAUAUGGACUAAAUGUAGCGAGACCUGAUUUCUAUCGUUAG